GCAAACUAAAGACAGCUCCGGGGUCCUCAAGUCACGCGUGACGUCAAUAAACCUCCCUUGGUCCACGGUGGGGAAAACGUGGAGGAUACAACUUCGUGGUGUGGUGUAUAUUUCUCUUGGCACAACCUUGUUGAUCGCUGGACUACACGAGGACACAGAGACAUAACUGCGCUGCCACUUUGACAAGAAUGGAGUACAUGCAAGCUCCUGCCACAAGUAGCCAGGGGAAAAUCCUGUGCUGUACCUGUGGUGUCCCCAUUCCUCCAAACCCUGCCAACAUGUGCGUGGCCUGCCUGCGCACUCAGGUGGACAUCUCAGAGGGAAUACCCAAGCAGGUCACAGUGCACUUCUGCAAGCAGUGUGAAAGAUACCUACAGCCCCCAGCCACCUGGAUGCAAUGUGCCCUGGAGUCCAGGGAGCUGCUAACUCUUUGUUUGAAAAAAAUAAAGAGCUCCAUGACCAAAGUGCGUCUCAUCGAUGCCGGCUUCCUGUGGACGGAGCCGCACUCCAAAAGGAUUAAGCUGAAAGUGACCAUCCAGAAGGAGGUGAUGAAUGGUGCCAUCCUACAGCAGGUGUUUGUGGUCGAGUUUGUCGUCCAGUACCAAAUGUGUGACGACUGCCAUCGCGUAGAAGCUAAGGACUUCUGGAAGGCUGUGGUCCAAGUUAGACAGAAGACUGUUCAUAAAAAGACCUUCUACUAUCUGGAGCAGCUCAUCCUGAAACACAAACUCCACCAAAAUGCCCUCAACAUCAAAGAAAUCCACGAGGGCAUCGACUUUUACUACGGCUCCAAGCAGCAUGCUCAGAAGAUGACCGACUUCCUUCAGUGCACCGUGCCCUGCAGGUCAAAGACAUCCCAGCGCCUCAUCUCUCAUGACAUCCAUUCAAACACAUUCAACUACAAGAGCACCUACUCUAUGGAGAUUGUUCCUGUCUGCAAGGACAAUGUAGUGUGCCUCUCACCACGGCUGGCGCAGAGCCUGGGUAACAUGGGUCAAGUGUGUGUGUGCGUCCGUGUGACCAGCACCAUCCACCUCAUCGAUCCCAACACCCUGCAGAUUGCUGAGGUGGACGGGAACACAUACUGGAGGAACCCCUUCAACAGUCUCUGUAACCCCCGGCAGCUGGAGGAGUUCAUCGUGAUGGACACUGACAUCAUCAGAAACCAGAAACUGGGUGCUGGAGCCGGCACGAGGUCCAAUAAGCACACUCUGGCUGAGGUGUGGGUUCAGAAAACCUCUGAGAUGGACACGAGUCAGCAGUAUCACUGCCGUACGUUCCUGGGCCACCUGCUCAACAUCGGAGACUUUGUGCUCGGGUUCGACUUUGCCAAUUCAAACGUCAAUGAUGAGUACCUGAACAAGAUGAACCCUCACCACGUCCCAGAUGUGGUGCUGAUCAAGAAGAGCUACGACCGCAGCAGAAGGGUGAAGCGCAGGAACUGGAAGCUGCAGGAGAUGAACAGAGACCGUGACGGCCUGGACACAGAUGAUGAGAGACAAUACCAGGACUUCCUGGAGGACCUGGAGGAAGACGAGGCACUGAGGAAGAAUGUGAACAUCUUCAGAGAUGCAUCAAAGAUCCCAGUGGAGAGCGACACUGAUGAUGACGGAGCACCGAGGAUCUCACUGACAGAGAUGCUGGAGGAGCUGAGCCUUUCAGACGCCACAGGAGGAGAGGGUGCCGACAUGAUGACAGAGUAGCCGGUCCCUGUCCUGUCUGCGCGAUAAAGACGGCUGAUGAGAUGAAUACAGCACGGAUGAGAAUGCAGUGAUACAAAAUGACAUUCAUGUGAAAUGAAUGGGGACUUAUGAACCAUUUAAAAGUAAUGUUUCAUCCUGACAAAGCCCACAGCUCAACAGACUGUGGUGUAAUGACUCAUUAGAGUUAUAAAUAAUCACAGUUCUAACUUGUAUACUGUUUGAGGGGUUAUAAUGGUGCCCUAAGGUAACUUGUGUUAGUCUCUAACACUUAAAGACUCUUUAAAAAACUGAGUCUUUACCUCCUGGUUUCUAUGUCAACAUUGGGCUGACAAAAUCAAGAAUUUCAAAUAUUUCUAAAGAUUUAUUUUCCUUCUGCUCAUUAAAAUGUUGAAUUGAUGUGAAAAAA